AAAAAAAACCACAAGCAAAACUACAACACAAGUGAUACAAUCGCAAAUUCAUUGUCUUUGGUGUCGUAUUUUUUGCAAUAAAAAUCUCACGAAAUGUGAUCAUUGUGUGUUGAUUGCGAUAGAAAAAAAAGCAAACAAAAUUUAUGUAGAAAUUCGAUAAAAUUGAAACCAGCGAAAAUGUUUACUCUAUCAAAUAAAUGCAUUGUGAAUAGUGUUAGCGUGCAGUGUAAUUAGUUUAAGACGUGUUUUAUUUGGUAAAUUGGCAUUUUUCUUGUUCAUGUCUUUCAUUUGUAUUUGAGACGAAAUCGGCGACAAAUGUCUGAAUCAUAUCUGUUUCUACUUAAUUAUUGAGGCAAAGUUCAUUUUUUUCCAAUGGAUUAGAAGUUUUAUCUUCUCCGUUUGGUUAAUGGUGUAUUGAAAUGCGGAAGAAAAAGUGAAAAUCUAUUGAAACUCAAAAGAGUUAUUGAUCGGAAUCAAGUGAAUGGGACUGUGUGUACGAAUGAACGUAUGUUUUUUCUCUGCUCUCGACUCUCUGUGCAGCGGCUGGUGCAAUGCCGUGCCAUUCCGAUUCGCUACAAAUUUUUUUGUUUCAUGUUUUUCUGUGUCUGAACAUAAUCAGAAUGAUGGACAAUGAAUGCGCCGUGCGCGCGACACUCCGUACUUGUAUGCUGUUGUAGUAGUGGCCAGUAAAAAUGUGUGUCAGUUUGCAUUGGAAUCGGUUGAUUGAAACCAAUUAAUAAGCUAUGGUUGUUGUUGUUGUUGUUGCUGGAAUGUGCGGUGAAGGUAGCGAUGAGAUAGACGGAACGAUGUGCACGGCAUAGCACAGCAUACCAGCGUAACUGAGAUGGCAUUCACUUGUCGUACACUUUGCAUCUCAAUUCAUGCGAAAGAUUCAACGAUCGCUUUAUAGCAGCCUCAGAUGAUUUCCAUUUGUUAUUCAAUUACUCAUCAAUUUUUUGUUGUUGUUUUCUUUUCAUAUAUGGCAUCGCAUUGCAAACACGCGCGUCGCUCAUUCCUACUGCAAAUCAUAGCAUUUUUAAUCAAUGUUCACGCCUAUGGCGUUCGUUCGAUCACUCAUGAAUAUUGACAACUAUUUUUUGAUGUUUAUCGAACGCUAUCGUUCAUGUGAGACUGAUUUUUUUUUAUUGAGAGGAGGGAAAAUUCAAUGGAAUUAGAGAAAUUGUUGAAGAAAGACACACGACAAAUUGUCAUGGUUUUUCUGACGGUGUUAGUUGGAAAUGGAAUUUUUCGGUGAAAACAUAUCGGUGUUUCGAAUAAAAAUGACGAUUUUACAAAAAUUUUGAGAAAAAAGGAGUCUUUUUGAGUGAAAUUAACAUAUCAAAUAGUUAAUAAACCAAAUUUAUUGAAGUGGAAAAUUCGAUUGUACCGAAAAAGGAAGUGUUUCAUGGAAUCAAACAACAGUUCGAUCAAAGUUCAAAAUAUCAAACAAAAAACUAGCCUAAGGAAAAUCUUCGGAAUUUGAAAGUCCUCCGAGGAAAUGUUGAAAAAGUGAAAAGUCGUUGAAAAAUAUUGGUCACAAGUCUAUGGUCAAUGCAGCAUUCCGAAUAAAAAAAAUCCAAUAAAGUGAUUCCCCAAAAAAACCUGAACAAUUCAAAGCCAUUUAAAAGUGAUCGUGUUGUUCCCUACAAAACUCACAUAAAAAUUCACCAAAAAAGAGAAGAAAGCAACGCACCAAGCCCCAAGUGUGUGAUAACAAUUCUGAGUAUUCGUUCGACAACAACAAAAACAAAAACUCGUCUUUGUGUGUAAUAAAUUCAGUUUUGUUUUAUCAACAUAAACAAACAAACCAAAUCGUCGUCAUCGUCGUCGUUGCCUUGAGAUGGGUUAUUUGCAUAUGAAUAGCGUCUUAUCGACGAAUGUUGUUUCAAUGAGCGAAUGUGAUUCAGUCGUUGAUUAUUUACGCAUAAUUUGGUUUCUGUUCUAUUGUGCGAAAUUUCCGAUCCACCAAAGUGAAAUUUACUCGAACAAUGGCUUUAAAAAGUAGUUUGAAUUAGUUUCCGGGCGAGCAGACUCUUUCUAAACCGCAAGAAAAGCAGAGGAAAAGAAUUCGUUGUGUAUGGUGUGUGAAUUAAGUGCGGUAGCCAAGUGUGUAAUUGGUUUGUACAAAGUGCUGGUGCGUGAACUGAAUAUUUUCAUCCAGUUGCUUGAUGCUUGGUUUCUUCGUUCUUGUAUUGUUGAUUGUAUUUUUCAUCUGGGUAUUCUGUACCACGAAUUGGUCAACAUUUAAAUGUGAUUGUGACGUAAAAUAACACUCGAACCUCUGCAACUGAAACGAUAUUGAGAGAUUGUUGGUGUGAAUCUCUUGGCGAUAGGAAGAAAAAUCGAUAUUAAAAAUAAGUUCCACAACGAAUGCGUAAACGAUGAGUUGGCUGCGCUCCAGUCCGUUGCGACAGAGUUUCACGCGAACGACUCGCAGUCGAUCCAUCGACGCAACAAACACGGAAUGCGAUCCAAAGGCGUGCUAUGACAGUUUCUGCAAGCAUUGGCAACAGAUCUAUGAAAUUAUUCUGCGGGCAGAACAGAGUUCUAAUGGCCAAACAAGCCAUGAUGAUGUACUUGGCGUUGUCAAUCACAUGGAUCACAUGGUCACGCUUUUGCUUUUGGAAUUGCAUAAUUGCAAUAAAUAUCCGCCGCCAGCAUCGCAGGCCGCCCCACCAGCACCUUGUCUAGAGUAUUUGCUAAGUGAAAAUUUGCUCGAUAAACUCUACGAAUGGGGCAGAACGACCGAAAGAUAUUCGGAUGCGGUUCGUUUGGAGCAAUUGAAAUUAUAUGAACAGUUAGUCACACAUUCUCGUCACCAAUUGUUACUAGUUCAUGAAUCAUUUUUGCGUCCACUGCUGAAAAUUCUAACUUCGAGCCUCGGCGUGAAGUAUCCGACCGAUGUCGAAAAGCGGCUCGUCAUUUUACUGAAUCAAUUGUGUGUGGUUUUGAUGCAGAAUGUCAAUUUGCUGGACCUGUUUUUCUGUUCAACAUCAUUGCAUCAACAAGAGAGCGAUGAAACAAACUUCAUCAUAUUCUCUCUGUUGCUGCCAUACGUUCACAGCGAAGGAUCGCUUGGUCAUCAGGCCCGCGACGCGCUUCUGUUGUGCAUGUCACUUUCGCAGAAAAACUCAAAUGUCGGCACAUACAUAGCCAAAUACUCAUCGAUGUGCCCAGUGCUUGUAACUGGAUUGGGUGGCCUUUAUUCAUCGCUACCCAACAGCUUUGACAUCGGCCAAAGUGACUGGUAUCGAAUCACACCGGACGAUGUGGCCGAUAUACCAAAACUCACUCUCUUCAUGAAUUGCCUCGAAUUCUGUAAUGCUGUCGUUCAAGUUGCUCACGAUCUGAUCAAGCAACAACUCCUUGACUUCAUGUACCAAGGUUUCAUCGUGCCCAUUCUUGGACCAGCGCUACUUCAGGUUUUCAAAGGAGCCAACCACUUUCAGACAAACAAUGCAUCACAAAUUGCGGCAAUGGCAUACCUUGAUCUGAUACUACGGUCCGUUACUGAGCCGGCUUUGCUGAAAAAUUUCGUGCAAUUUUUACUGGACGAAACGAAAUUUGAUGGUGAUCGAAUUUUGGAUGUGCUCGUGGAACGAUUGCUGUCGAAUGACAAUCGGCUCUGCAUCGUGACGCUCUCGCUCUUCGAUACACUGUUGAGUUUGUACUGUGAGGAUAUAAUGUUGGAGUUGUUGUUAAAGUAUUUGUUACCAGGUCGUCACAUACCAAUUUUGCAUCGUCACAAAAUCAACAAAAUCGAUCCAUAUUCGACGGCUGUUGAGUUUUUCUUUGAUCUAUCGCCGGAAAUAAUGCGGCAACCAAGUGAAUCGAUGGCCCAUCAGCAAAUUCAGCCGAUCAGUAAAACAAUUGGUGCGAAUUGGAAUCAUUAUGGCCUCCAUACGGGCGAUUCACUGUAUUCAAACUACCAUGCAUACCUGUGUGAUGCUCGACAACGGAUUAAUCACUGUAAAUCGGCGUGUAACAAUUGGUCGAAUUCGUACCGUUACCAAAAACACCCAGCAAAUAAGAAGAAUGAACGUUCGCUGGAACUAAUCAAAAGUCUAUUGAGUGAACUUGGCUAUGAAUCGAAUGGCCAUAGCAUCGAUGUGACCAUUGAUAAAGGCACCAAGCAAUUAGAUAGUUUGCAAUCACUCGGCGAAAGUAGUGGAUAUGAAAGCCUGAGAUAUCGAUUCGAAGAGGAUGAUACCACAUCGACAACGAAUGGAUCGAAUACGAUUUCAUCCUCGCCGCCAACUGAAGCAAAUAACUUAGAGAGCAUCGACUCAGACGGAUGCAUUAAACGAAAGUACGAAACAUGGAAAUUGUCGAGUAGACGCCCAGAACCUGUGAUCGAUUUAGACUUCACCGAAGAUCUAUUUACACAAGGGACCAUUUCUUUGGGUCCCUUUUUAAGUGCACUUCUGCGGAAACUGCAAACGUUUACCAGUAAUGGAAUUUAUGUGAACUUGCAUCUGACUGGAUUAAUAUCGCGUUUGGCAUGGUAUCCACUGCCAUUAAUCCAUUCGAUCUUGCUGCGCCCAGAUAUCCCAACGACAUCCGACACGCCAUCGUUGCAUCAAGUUUUAAAAAUUCUAAAGCAACAAAUUGAUGCCGAAUUGCCAGUGUGUGAAGAUUCCUUGGAGCACAUCGAUGCCGGACGAACGACGCUCAUUGAACGAGAGUGUCGGUUGGUUAAUGCACGAAAUAAUACGUUUGAAAUUACCAAAAACCCAGGACCAAAUGGGGUUAAAUAUCCACAAACGACCAAUACGUCAUCGACAACACCGCCACUACUUACACCCAGCUCAUCUUAUGAUCCAUUCAAACGAGCCGAAAACAAACGGAAAAGCAUCACAACUUCAUUCAAAGACAUCUUCCGAAGACCAUCCAGCGGUCAUAGCAACAGCACCAACAGUAGCGGAGGUUUGUCGCAAAUUCUAGAAUUCUUCACCGGCUCAACCGUACGUGAAUUGUCUCCGUCGCCUGGGCACAUGUCCUAUGAUUCGAUGUCAAAUGACAGUUCAACCUACUCGUCGAUUGAUGCAAUAUCGAGUUCAACGUCAACAGUUGCGGUGACCAUUACCAAUAAUAAGCGAACGCGUGAUUUGGCACUGUGUGCUGUGCUAUUAGACGAAUGGCUCAAGGAAUUGGCGGCAAUUUCGCAAGAACAAAGCAUUGUUUUGCUCACCGAUACCUUUAUCAAUCACUUCUAAAUCAUUACGUUCAACGCAUCAAUUAAACGCACAAAACACACUGCUGGAACUAUUUAGAGACAACUAAAUGCAUUUUUUGUACAUAAAACCGAAUUGCAUUGAUAGUAUGUCCAUUUCUAGUUUGGAAUCGACAUUGUGUCUAUCGGCCACUAGAUGGUGCGCAACACACUCCGUUGAAUGCAUGUACUACGAAGAACAGAAAGAGACGAAGACAUCUGUUUGAUUUAGUAUUACGGUGAAAGGCCAAACACCGUUCGGCGCCGUUCUCAUUAGUGCUCAAAUAGAAAAGAGAUCUUUUUUUGUCUAGUUUGUAAGCGAUUUUAUUCUGUGUUUAUUGUUUAUGUACAAAAACACUUACAAAUGUAUAGAUAUUUCUAUGCUUGAACGAUAUUUCUAUGACGUCAACGCGAUUUUUUUUUCUAUUUUCAUUUUUUGUAAUCGAUUAAGUGAAUUUUUUCCCUUUUUAAUCGCAUGUUUUUUACAAUUCACUUUAUUUUUGUUCAUGAACUGCAGAGUUUCAUCGGAUCCUAGCGAUUUUUAGCUGUAGGAAAAAGACAAUUGUAUGCAAUGGUCUUGAUAAGGUGUGGAGAGAAAAAGAACAGUCCAAAAUAUCUUGUUAUUGUACAAAUGGAGAUUAAUAAAUGAAAGAGAGAAAAUAAA